GCAUAAAAGCUGGUCAGUUUAUAAAGACCAAAACGCACGCACCCCUACCUUGGAUCUGAUGAGGUGACUCUCCCUCCCUCCCCGCCUUCUCCGCAUUCAUUAUUUCUUUCUUGGUAUCAAAUUCAGAUUGGAGAUUGUGAAUUAGCUGGCGAGAAUGUCUUCGUCUACGGGCUUGAUUUUCCGAGGGCACGAGGCCCAACCCAUGGACGACGCCUAUUACCCGAAGCCGCAGAAGCCAUGGCUCUCCUUCCGCUACCUCCUACGCGAACAGCGUCUCCACUUCCUCCUCCUGGGCAUUGUCCUCGCCACCCUCUUCUUCUUCCUCCUCCCCUCUGGCCUCCACGACCCAUUCCCCACUCCUUACUUGGAGCCCACCCGCUGGCCCACCAACUCCCCAAGCUACGACGUCGUCUCCGUGCAUUCCGUCGGAAAAAUCCCUCUGGGGAUUAAGCGGAAGGGUCUCCGGAUCGUUGUGACCGGUGGGGCCGGGUUCGUCGGUUCCCACUUGGUGGAUCGCUUGAUUGCCCGCGGAGACAGCGUCAUCGUCGUCGACAAUUUCUUCACCGGAAGGAAAGAAAACGUCAUGCACCAUUUCGGCAACCCCAACUUCGAGCUCAUUCGACACGACGUCGUUGAGCCUCUCCUGUUAGAGGUCGACCAGAUCUACCAUCUCGCCUGCCCCGCCUCCCCUGUCCAUUACAAGUUUAACCCAGUCAAGACUAUCAAGACCAACGUGGUGGGAACGUUGAACAUGCUGGGACUGGCUAAAAGAGUGGGGGCCAGGUUCUUGCUGACCAGUACCAGUGAGGUUUACGGAGAUCCUCUGGAACAUCCUCAGAAGGAGACCUAUUGGGGCAACGUUAAUCCCAUUGGUGUUCGAAGCUGCUAUGAUGAGGGAAAGCGUACUGCUGAGACGUUGACCAUGGACUACCACAGAGGAGCUGGAGUCGAGGUGAGAAUAGCUAGGAUUUUCAACACCUACGGGCCACGAAUGUGCUUAGAUGAUGGUCGCGUUGUUAGUAACUUCGUUGCUCAGGCACUGAGGAAGGAACCUUUGACCGUUUAUGGGGAUGGGAAGCAGACUAGGAGUUUCCAAUAUGUUUCUGACUUGGUGGAGGGGCUGAUGCGCCUUAUGGAAGGAGAACAUGUGGGACCUUUCAAUCUUGGAAAUCCGGGUGAAUUCACCAUGCUUGAACUUGCCAAGGUGGUCCAAGAAACAAUAGAUCCAGAGGCUAAGAUAGAGUACAGGCCCAACACUGAGGAUGACCCGCACAAGAGAAAGCCUGAUAUUAGUAGGGCCAAGGAGCAACUGGGUUGGGAACCCAAGGUGGACCUACGCAAGGGACUCCCUCUAAUGGUUUCUGACUUCCGACAACGCAUUUUUGGGGACCAAAAGGAAGGAACAACCUCUGCCUAAUUCUUGCUAGGAUAAUGGAAAUUGGAGUUUGUUCUACAAAAUAUACCUCAGAUUGAGUGCAAAAGGGGAUUGUAGUUUUGCAUUUUCAUAGCAUUAGCCAGAAAACAGUUAGUGGGAUUUCCCAUCUCUUCAUAGUUCAUUAGUCAGCUAUAUAUACAUAAAUUUCCCCUUUAUCGUUUGUCCUUUAUAAAUUUUUAUUGUAUGUGCUAUUGAUGUCCAUAUUGAUAUCCAGUGAUGAUUAUAUUCCUAAAAUUCGGUACAAAGUAUAGGAGAAAGUUUAUAAACGUCUAAUGAUUAAUUGUGAAACGGAAAUAUGUCUGAGAAUUUA